UGAAAAACCCACCUCAUAUGAAUAGAAAUCAGCCUUUGUUUGUAAGGAAUGAUGGUAAGUAUUUUAUUACUGACGAAAAUGCCCAAAAAUGGGACCAAGAGCAACAUAACCCUGAAGAAACUAGACUUCCAACAUUAAUGGAAUUGGAGGAAGGAGAUAGGUUAGCUAAUGAAAAGGUGAUAGAAAACCUUCCACCAGAAAAAAGGCAAGAAUACGAA